GGACUCAACUUAGACUUCCCUCUGUCUCUACAGCUAUGGCAGCCAUUAGAAAAAAGCUAGUGAUUGUGGGAGAUGGUGCCUGUGGGAAGACCUGCCUCCUUAUUGUGUUCAGCAAGGACCAGUUUCCAGAGGUCUAUGUACCAACUGUCUUUGAAAACUACAUCGCUGACAUUGAAGUAGAUGGGAAGCAGGUGGAGCUGGCCCUUUGGGACACAGCUGGGCAGGAAGACUAUGACCGGCUGAGGCCCCUCUCUUACCCAGACACUGAUGUUAUUCUCAUGUGUUUCUCCAUUGACAGUCCAGACAGUUUAGAGAACAUACCAGAGAAAUGGACACCAGAAGUGAAACAUUUUUGCCCAAAUGUGCCCAUCAUCCUUGUGGGAAACAAGAAGGACUUGAGGAAUGAUGACCACACCCGCAGGGAGUUGGCAAAGAUGAAGCAGGAGCCAGUGAAACCAGAGGAAGGGAGAGACAUGGCAAACAGAAUCAAUGCUUUUGGUUACCUGGAGUGCUCAGCCAAGACGAAGGAUGGUGUACGGGAAGUGUUUGAAAUGGCCACUCGGGCUGCCUUGCAAGUCAGGAAAAAUAAAAAACGCAAAGCCUGUCCCCUCUUCUAACAAGGGAGCAUUGGCAAAGGAAGUGACUGUGUUGUCUCAACUGUUUCUGUAUCUUUCAACACACUUCAUGGAUGCAAGCUUGGAGUGGGGAGAAAGGUUGUUGGCUCUGCAUAGAGUAAGAAUUUAAUAUGCCUAUUGUGCCCUUUGCCAUCCCCUCUUCACAGUAGUUAGGACUGCUUGGGGCACAAUUGGAGGUCCCUGUGGUCCCUCUCUGGGACAUGUGCUCAUGCUGUCCUCUCCACCACCACCUGUGCUAGAGGACCAUAUGUCUCUUGAGAUCGCUCUGUAAACACUGUUGUCUUGUAUAGGGUAAGCAAUGCACCUGAAUUAAUCCUGCAUUGCUCUUCAUUCCCAUUUUAUACUAAUCUUACAGUUCAAUGCCUGGUAUAAAUUCAAGUAACUUAUCCUGUCUUCUCAUUCUUGCAAAUUAUGGAAGCUACAUUUGAUUGCUGAAUAUUGCAGUCUGUGGAGUCAUGCCCUGAUUAAGAUGUACAGAUGUGCACUUGCCUCUCUACACAAACCUGUUAAAGCAAGUGGGAAGCCUUGCCAAAAUGCCAACCUGAAUUUCUGUGAGGAACUGAGCUCUGCUGUAGUCAGGAAUGCUCUGUUUGGUGUUUGGGCAGUGCCUUGUAUAUAAUUGAUACUGUAUUCUCUCUGCUUCCAGUAAAUUAAAUCAGAUCUUGAAACAAAAA